CUGCUGCUGCUGCUGCCGCUAGCUCUGCUGCCUCUUCAUGAUCGUGGACUCGCAAUAACAAUCGCGGCUAUAAAGGUAGGGGGGCUGCAGAAGCAGAAGAACGUGCAUCAAGGACACGACUAAACGCUAAGGUCUCGCAGGCCGUUAAGGGGGUUGUGGUGGCGAUAGCGCGCGUCGUUCCGGCGCGUGAGCCAGUGCAAGUGCGCGCCCGGCUGUUGGGACGGUGAAGAGAGGAGGCAGUGGGGGAGAGAGCAACCGACCUCGCCGAGGUCCGACGACGAACGACGACGGACGAUACGAGGAUAGAUAGAGAGCCAUAGACACGAGAGACACGGCGGCAUGGAGAAGCGGAUAGAGCUGGAGAAACGGGGCAGGAAGCCCGCCAAAAUUACCGAGUUUGUACUGGACAAUUGUCGAAGUACAAAUAUCGUUGGACUGACGGACGAGUUCGUCGCCCUAGAGUCAUUGAGUCUCAUCAAUGUAGGCCUCACUAGUUUAAAAGGCUUCCCAAAAUUACCGAAUCUUAAAAAGUUGGAACUCAGUGAUAACAGAAUAUCGAGCGGAUUAAAUCUUCUGCAUGCAAGCCCAAAACUAACUCAUCUCAAUCUCAGCGGAAACAAAAUUAAGGAUCUAGAGACGUUACAGCCUUUGAAAGAACUGAAGAACCUGAAGAGUCUUGAUCUUUUUAAUAAUGACGCAACCAAUAUGGACAAUUACAGAGAUAAGGUUUUCGGUUUGAUACCUAGUCUGCGGUAUCUUGAUGGAUUCGAUGAACACGAGCGCGAAGUAGAUGACACCGAUGAUGAUGAAGUAAAUGGUAACGACGAUGGAGAUGGAGAUGCUAAUGAAGAUGAUAGCGAGGAGGUGUCAGAGGAAGAUGACGAUGAAGAUUUAGAAGAGGGAGGCUUACUCGAGGAUGACAGCGAUGAAGAAGAUUACAUUGUUGAAGGUGAGUUGGAAGAAGAUGAGUAUGAAUAUGAUGACGAUGAAGAAGAACAAGAUGAACAACAAUCGCAACAACCACCGGCACAACAACAAGAAGAGUCCUCUCCUGCCCGAGGCAAGAAAAGAAAACAUGAAGACGGCGUAGAACCGGGAAAUUAGAUGCCUAUUUACGUCGUUUUUGUUGCUGUUGAGAAAAUAUAUAUAAUUUGUUCGAACAGUACGAAAGUGUACCGCAAAAGAAACAGCUGGAAAUCAAACUAAUUGACCGACCAAUGACAGACUACAAUGAGUUGAGCGAUUUUUUUCAGUAGAUCAUUGACUGAAAAAUUGUAAGAUAUGGUUAACAAGAAGUAUAACAAGAAAUAUUGAGGAUGCUUGUGCAUAAAUGAAAGAAAGAUACCGAGAGAAAGAUUGAAAAAAGAAAGUGCACGCACGUGCGUGUAUGAAGGCAUAGGUGUGCGCAAGCAUGGUUGAAGUGAGAGAUAGAGUAUGGGAAUGAAAGAUGAGGACUACUAUGCGUAUAAUUUGAAAAGAAAAGUUAGAAUAUAGAAUAAAAUGAAAAUUAUUAAGAAAGAGCAUAAAAAUGAGGUUGAUAUGAAUGAAGAGGGAGGCAUAAGUAAGGGCCGCAUUCCAGCUAGACCCAACACGCGUUUUAGUUAUACUAACGAUAUUUUAUAUAGAGUAUAUAGAUAGAAAAUUAGAGGUGUUGCUUAGGUUUGACGAGAUGAACAGAUAUGAUGUUGGGUUUUUGGUGGGGGGGGGGGGAUGAAGAGAAAGAAGGCAGCGGAGUUUUACACUCAAAGGAGCGUAUUUGUCUGUUAGCUCCAGUCGGCCAAAGGCUGGGCCAACGCUGGAAUGCAGCCAUCGUUAAUCAGUACUAAGGUUAUAUAAGUUACAUUUUAAAUACAACAUUAUUGUAUCAUUAUUAAGCGUAGAAUGUAAACGAAGAACAACUUUUUGUACAGGUUUACAAACCAUACCCGUCGAGAAAUAAUGCGCGGUGCCGCACUGUGAUUUUUGAGACGGGAAAUUUCUUAUGUACAGGAUAUGAUGUUUUAAUUAUUAUUUUUUUUUCUCGGGUCAUUUAUGCCUAUUAUGUUGAAUUCGUACAUAAAAUUUCUGUUUAUUCAUAAUCAUUUUCUUAGAUUUAAUUUUAACGAUGCGCGCCUGUCUUUCCUAAUCGUAUAUUCAAAAUUAGAGAAUUAAGUGAUAAAUUUCUUUCUUACCUUCGAUGGACCAAUCAAUCAAGACAAUUACAAAGAAGAAAAACUAUAGCAGUGCUUCUUCGACUGCUGAUAUAUCUGUCAUAUCAACGACUGCAAAUUUUUUCAUGUUUAAACAAAAUAAAAUAAUAAAAAAAA